CAUCGUUUUUCAUUUUGUAGUCUGUACUCUGUAGAUGAAACAAAGGUUCUGAAAUCACAAAACAGGGUUUAAGCAAACCCUUCUUCAUUCAACCUAUGGCUAUUCUAUCAAGAAGAAUCUCUUGUUCAUUUCUCAACACCACAAAACCCUCUUAUUUCUCCAAGAGUUUCUGUACAAAUCAUAACCUAAACGACGAUUUCGACUUAAACACCGAGUCAUUUGGAUCAGACAGACACUCAUCUUCAUCCGAUUCGUUUGGAUCAGACAGACACUCAUCUUCUUCUUCUUCUUCGGGAAAUCAGUACCAGCAACCCAUUUAUCAGAGACCACUAGAAAAUGGAUUGGAUAUGGGAGUUUUUAAGGCUAUAUUGGUUGGUAAGGUUGGACAAAACCCAAUACAGAAAAGAUUGAAAAGUGGUAGACCUGUGACCUUGUUUUCAUUGGGAACUGGUGGAAUUAGGAAUAAUCGUAGACCAUUGGAUAAUGAAGAACCAAGAGAAUAUGCUGAUAGAUGUUCUGUUCAAUGGCAUAGAGUUGCUGUUUAUCCUGAGAGAUUGGGUGGACUUGCACUUAAUCACGUUAAACCCAGGGCUACUUUAUACGUGGAGGGUAAUCUGGAGACCAAAGUCUUUAGUGAUCCAGUAACCGGCCUAGUUAGGCGUAUAAGAGAGAUUGCAAUACGUCGAGAUGGUCGUCUCGUGUUUCUCUGCAAUGAUGAUGAUGCUGAUAAACCAGAAAGAACGGAUUUGAAAGGUGUUGGCUAUUACUAAUGCACACCUUGAGUUACUCAAUCUUCAUCACGAGGCACUUGAUGUAGAAAAAGGAUUCCGGAGGGCAUCACUGAAGUUGUUAAUUCCCGCCAAGAAGAAGCUAAAGUACCAAAUUCUACUUACUGUAUCAUCUCUGCGUUGUUAUAUGUAAAACUGGAAGAAGUUUACCCUUGUGCAUUUUUCUUACUGAUAAGCAAUUUCUUAGAUUUAACUUCCAGUAUUUCAACUUAUUCUUUCCCAGCAUAAUAUCCCCUGAAAUUUGAUUAUGCAUGCAA